CACCCCCUUUCGCCACCAACCCCCACCUCUGCCCUGUCAACCUAACUCUCCCAUUCUCUAUAAAGCUCCAUCACUCAUUGUAACUUUUUCCCAGCCUGCAGCCUCAAACCAACAGCCAAAAAUGGACCUUCUCUUCCUAGAAAAAGCUCUCGUUUCCCUCUUCAUCACCAUAAUCUUAGCAAUUUUAAUCUCCAAACUUCGCAGCAAGCGCUUCAAACUCCCUCCUGGUCCCCUUCCGGUGCCUGUUUUUGGCAACUGGCUCCAAGUUGGUGAUGACUUGAACCACCGCAACUUGACUGACUUAGCCAAGAAGUUUGGUGACAUUUUCUUGCUCCGCAUGGGACAGCGUAACCUUGUGGUUGUCUCUUCACCCGAACUCGCCAAAGAAGUUUUGCACACUCAAGGAGUUGAGUUUGGUUCAAGAACAAGAAAUGUUGUGUUUGAUAUCUUCACGGGCAAAGGGCAGGACAUGGUUUUCACUGUGUAUGGGGAGCAUUGGCGCAAAAUGAGGAGGAUCAUGACCGUUCCUUUCUUCACCAACAAGGUGGUGCAACAAUAUAGAUAUGGAUGGGAAGACGAAGUAGCCAGAGUUGUUGACGAUGUGAGGAAGAAUCCACAGGCGGCGAAGAAUGGGAUUGUUCUGAGGAGGAGAUUGCAGCUUAUGAUGUACAACAACAUGUAUCGGAUCAUGUUUGAUAGGAGGUUUGAAAGUGAGGAUGAUCCUUUGUUUGUUAAGCUCAAGGCUUUGAAUGGAGAGAGGAGUAGAUUGGCACAGAGCUUUGACUACAACUAUGGUGAUUUUAUCCCCAUCUUGAGGCCAUUCUUGAGAGGGUAUUUGAAGUUAUGCAAAGAAGUGAAGGAAAUGAGGUUGCAACUCUUUAAGGACUAUUUCCUUGAGGAGAGGAAGAAGCUUGCAAGCACAACAAGAAGUGACAACAAUGCUCUGAAAUGUGCCAUAGACCACAUUCUUGACGCUCAGCAUAAGGGAGAGAUCAAUGAAGACAAUGUUCUUUACAUUGUUGAGAAUAUCAAUGUUGCUGCCAUUGAAACAACAUUAUGGUCAAUUGAAUGGGGCAUUGCUGAGCUUGUGAACCAUCCUGAGAUCCAGAAGAAGCUCCGCAAUGAAAUGGACACAGUACUCGGACCCGGUGUGCCAGUUACUGAGCCUGACACCUACAAACUUCCAUAUCUCCAGGCAGUGAUCAAGGAGACUCUCCGGCUCCGGAUGGCCAUCCCUCUAUUAGUCCCACACAUGAACCUCCAUGAUGCCAAGCUUGGUGGCUAUGACAUUCCAGCAGAGAGCAAGAUCCUUGUUAAUGCAUGGUGGUUAGCCAACAACCCAGCCCAAUGGAAAAACCCAGAGGAGUUCAGGCCUGAAAGGUUUUUUGAGGAGGAAUCAAAGGUUGAAGCAAAUGGGAAUGACUUCAGGUAUCUUCCAUUCGGUGUUGGAAGGAGGAGCUGUCCAGGGAUAAUUCUUGCAUUGCCAAUCUUAGGAAUCACAUUAGGACGUUUGGUGCAGAACUUUGAGCUAUUGCCUCCUCCAGGACAGUCUAAGAUUGAUACAUCAGAGAAAGGAGGACAGUUCAGCUUGCAUAUUCUGAAGCAUUCAACUAUUGUUGCAAAGCCACGGGUGUGUUGAACAAAGCUUUUGGAAAAGUGAAUUUGAACUUGCAUUGAUUUAUGCUUGAGUGUUGGUAUUGUAAGAUGCAUGCAUCUUGUUACAACAUUGUGAACGUUCAAUCUCUAAAAUAGUUUAUUAUGAA